AUCAAAGAGAAGAAAACAAACAGUAGACGAAGAGAGAAAGCAGAGGCACUCUUUACCUCUUCUUCUCUUUCGUCUACUCUCCGCAAUCAAACAAAAUCAAAUUAAAAAAAAGGAAACCCCAGAUCUCUCCUUCCUCUUACAUUUAAAGACUUUAAAAAGUCGAGUUAUUAUGUACAAGGAGGGUCGGAGUAGUGGAAGCAGCAUAAUAAUGGGCGGUGGCGGAUCAUCGAGAUCGGAGCUUCUCGGCGGAGCUACUGAUCGGAAACGAAUCAACGAAGCUUUAGACAAACAUCUCAGAAAGUCUUCACCUUCCACUUCUAAAGACAGAGAUUCGUUCCCUUCGACCUCAACUACUGCUAAAUCUCAACUUCAAGAAGGAGUUGAAUCUGAAACGGAUAGUGAAGGAUCGGAUGUGAGUGGGUCAGAAGGUGAAACGUCGUGGAUCUCGUGGUUUUGUAACUUGAGAGGGAAUGAGUUUUUCUGUGAAGUGGAUGAGGAUUAUGUACAGGAUGAUUUCAAUCUCUGUGGGUUGAGUGGUCAAGUUCCUUAUUAUGAUUAUGCACUUGAUCUCAUCUUAGAUGUUGAAUCCUCAAACAGUGAUAUGUUUACUGAAGAACAGAAUGAGUUAGUGGAAUCAGCUGCGGAAAUGUUAUAUGGACUUAUUCAUGUUCGUUACAUUCUCACUACUAAAGGACUAACUGCUAUGUUGGAGAAGUAUAAGAACUAUGAUUUCGGGAGAUGCCCGAGAGUGUUCUGCUGCGGUCAGUCUUGUCUUCCUGUUGGGCAAUCCGAUAUCCCUAGGUCGAGCACGGUGAAGAUAUACUGCCCUAAAUGCGAGGAUCUUUACUACCCUCGAUCUAAAUACCAAGGCAACAUUGAUGGAGCUUAUUUUGGGACUACAUUCCCACAUUUGUUCCUCAUGGCCCAUGGGAACAUGAAACCGCAGAAGCCGAGUCAAAGCUAUGUUCCUAAAAUCUUUGGUUUUAAGGUACACAAGAAGCAAUGAGUUUAUAACACAAUCUCGGUGGCUCAGCCCUUCUUCUUGAUGGUGAUUGGAGGAUGAGAAGAGCUCUUAUGAGAAAAAACGUCUUGAAGAGUUGAGCUUUCUGUAUGUAAUCUUGGAAGAAACUGAUCUGAUGUACGGCAGGCCUUUCUUUGGCUGUGUUGGGACUUGGGAGAGAAACGAAAACAUGAGGGUUCUGGAAAUUCAUUUACCUGUUGGGAUUCAAGUUAAAUCAUUCACUGAUAUGGUUUUGAUUUUGCAUUAACUGUUAAUUGUGUGUUGUUUACCUGUUGAUUGUACGCAACUAACAUGUCUCACCAAUAUUAAACUCUGUUUAUUCUGAUA